AUCAUCUCUCCCCUAAACAAUAGUGUGGAAAGUAAAGGUGGCGUCUUUUGGCCUGCGUUUGCUUAGAAUUCAAGUAGUAGUUGUUGUCCACUUUUAUUCUUUCUUUCAACUAGAAUGUUCUUCUAGUUUUAGUCAUGGAGGAAAUGAGUAGUGAGCGAUUUGAUGUGUUUGUAUUCCUGUUUGUUCUUAUACUGGUUGAUGAUUUGUGUCAGGUGUGUUGAGUGAGUGAUAUGUGGGGAAAUGGAAUAUCUUAUGUGUUGUCCGCUCUUCUAGUUCUUGUUGGUGACUAUGCUUUCAUCUGGUAAAUUUGAUGCCUUGUCUGAUCUGGGGUUCAUCGUAUUCCUUGAAAUUCGGCAGAUUCUUCAUCUGUUUGAGUUCAUGGUGCUGCGAACAAGUUUUCUUAUCCAAAAAAUCUGAAAGACCAAUCAAAGCGUUUCAGUUCGAUGGUGUAGUAGUGCCGACCCAGGAGCGGAUAGCAAAUUGCAUUAUGGGUUGGCUAACCAAGAUUCUCAAAGGUUCCAGCCACAAAAUCUCAAAAGGGCAAUAUCAUGGGAAAUAUGAAGAUGAUACAAUUUGGGAGGGACCUCCUACUUCAGCGGACCAGUGGUCAGAUUUUGACAAAGAAGAACUUGAUAGGGCAAUUGCACUUUCCAUUGCUGAACAAGAUGAGAAAGGGAAAAAAGUAGUAGAUGACGAGUCUCUAUUGGAUGAAGAUGAACAGCUAGCCAAGGCCCUUCAAGAAAGUUGGAACGUGGACUCACCACCUCAAUCACCUCCACCUCCAUCUCCUCCUCCACCUCAGUGUCCUCCUCUUCCUCCUCCUCCUCAAUCACCUCCCCCUCCUCCGUCACCUCCUCCUCGAUCAUCUCCACCUAGAUCACCUCGAUAUGAUUAUGGAAGUUUCUUACCUCCUUACCCGUUCUUCUAUCCUUCUUCAAUGUACAGAAUCUGCGCUGGUUGCAAUAGUGAAAUUGGUCAUGGGAGAUACUUGAGUUGCAUGGGAGCUGUUUGGCAUCCAGAAUGUUUCCGUUGCCAUUCUUGCAAUCAACCAAUUUCUGAUUAUGAGUUUUCCAUGUCUGAUAAUCGCCCUUACCACAAAGCUUGCUACAAGGACCUGCAUCACCCAAAAUGCGAUGUUUGCAAAAACUUUAUCCCCACAAAUGCUGCUGGACUUAUUGAGUAUAGAGCACAUCCUUUCUGGCAUCAGAAGUACUGCCCCGCACACGAGCAUGAUGGAACACCUCGCUGCUGCAGCUGUGAAAGAAUGGAGCCAGUCGAUGCCAGAUUUUUAAUUCUUGAUGAUGGAAGAAAGCUAUGUCUGGAGUGUUUGGAUUCUUCCAUAAUGGACACCCAUGAGUGUCAACCUCUUUAUCUUGAAAUACAAGAAUUUUAUGAAGGCUUAAACAUGAAGGUUGAGCAGCAAAUCCCGUUACUCUUGGUUGAGAGACAAGCACUAAAUGAAGCCAUGGAAGGGGAGAAAAAUGGUCAUCACCACAUGCCUGAAACCAGAGGACUCUGCCUGUCUUUUCCAUGAAAUGCACCUUAACAGAAUCUUCAGUUCAUUGUUUUGAUAUUGAGGCGGCCAAGAAUAGGAGGAUAUCGGAUAUUAGACAUGUUUACUGAGCCUUGUAGACUGGUCCGCCACUGUGAAGUAACAGCUAUCCUUAUUCUGUAUGGUCUACCUAGGUUAUUGACUGGGUCGAUCCUGGCUCAUGAGAUGAUGCAUGCAUGGCUGCGACUUAAAGGUUACCCGAGUCUAAGUCCGGAGGUCGAAGAAGGUAUCUGCCAAGUGCUAGCUCAUAUGUGGUUGGAUUCUGAAAUUGUUGCUGGUUCUGGUAGUACUGUGGCUUCUACUUCAUCGUCAUCAUCAUCGUCUUCUUCCUCCUCAACACCAUCAUCAUCUGGCUCCUCAAAGAAGGGUAAAAGGUCGGAAUUCGAGAAAAAACUUGGAGAUUUUUUCAAACACCAGAUAGAAUCAGACACUUCUGCAGCAUAUGGAGGUGGUUUCCGGGAAGGAAAUAAGGCAGUGCUCAAGUAUGGCCUGAAGAGGACUCUUGAUCACAUUCGGCUCACCGGCACCUUCCCGUGUUAACUGUACUCCUGAUUUGCUCUGGAAUUCUUGCUCUAUGUUUGUAUGCUCGUUUCACUGCACAGUAUUACAUGAGAGAACUCUUUUAACUUAUAAGCAACAGAAUAGUAGCUGAGAGUAAAGAAAAGAAAAAUAAAUGGUACCAUUACAGUGUAAUAUGUAAGCUUGGAGCAGCACAUGUAUUCUGUCAAAAUACUCGUCCAUA